GGGGAAACCACUUUAAAAAAAAAGUCUUGAUUGCAACGCAGUGGUCAGCUCAGUGUCAGUCUAUUGGAAGUGAUGCAAGCGUUUCUCAAUUCCACGAAGUAAUCAAGGAAAACAAUUUCCUAACACCAAUGUAUGGUUUGAUGAUCUCUCCACAAGGCUAUGGUACAUCUAAUAUUUAUACAAGACCAUCCCGAAAAUUUAAUUAAAGUUACACAUCUGCUGUUAAUGGGGUAAGAAUACGAAGAUUCCAAAUUAUACUUCCACGAGUCAAUAUGGCAGGCUAUGGUGUUUAUGCUGAUGACGAUGAAGAAACAGAAGCAAAUGAAUACACAGAUUUGCCUUCAAGUAAUGAUAAAACGAAUGCACUAGAAAAGUUUUACUAUCCGGAGACUGAAGUGAAAGAUCAACGGAAAAUAAUGAUUUCCCUGCAACAUAAACUAAAAGAUCAAAGUAAGAUAGAGGAAUGCUUAGAAAUACUUCUACAGGGAAAGGAAGAACAUUGUGAAAAAAUUGAAUUGUUAGCAGAAUUUGCACUAUCAUUAAAAUGUAAUUGGGAAAAAUUAGCAAGUGAAAAUACAAAACUUCACAAACGAAAACUUGCACAGAUGAAGAAAAUUGAAAAGAACUUUGAACAGAUCACGCUCAAGCAUAUUCAAGAAAGUCAUAGUAAAGAAUGUGAUAUGUUUACACAGAAAAUCGAAGAAUUACAAGAAUUUCUCAAGAUUUCUCAAGAUAAAAAGAAUAAAUGGAAAGAAAAAGCUCAAGAGUCUGACAAAAAGUUUCAAAAGUUAUUAACUGAAAAAGUUCAAGAGUCUGACGGAAAGUCUCAAAAAAUAUUAACUAAAAAAGAUGACUUACAUAAUACUCUAAAGAUCAUUCAACAUACAGCAGACGAUUGGAAGAGGAUAGCUAAAGCCAACGAAGCUGAGAUUGAAAAAUUGAUAACGGAAAAAGAGAGAUUACAAAAUGAAAUUAAAGAAGUGACAUUUGAAAAAAAUAAAUUAGAAACAUCUCUAGCAAAUACUCAAACAGAAUUUUCAACACUGAUUUUUGAAAAAGCCGAUUUGGAAAACUCAUUGAGAAAAAUGAAAUCAGACAGAGCUCAAUCGUGGCAUGGGAUUCUUGGAGACAUAUGUCAUAUAAAGUUUUUCCCAACUUUUGAAGAGGCCAGAACGAAAUAUUUCUCUUUAAUCUGUAUGCUUUUGCUUAUUACUAUUUUUAUUAGUGUAGUUUUAGCUUUUUAAAGUCGUUGAUGGCUGUUUAUGUUCUCCAAGUUAUUGUAAAUUUAACUUCCAAUGAUCUUUAAAGGCAUUAUUUGGGUUUCAUUUUCAUACGACCUUUAUGAUUUCAAAACAGUUAUUUGUGUGUGUGCUACUUUAUUAAAAUGUAAAUUAUGUGUGUAACACCAUUUGAUAUAAUAUUAAAGCAAUAAAAUAAAAAUAUAUUUCAUUUCUAAUUAAUAAAUAAUUAAAUAUAAGCACAAUAAACAUAAUAUUGAUAUCAGGCGUAAAAAAUGUAUACUUUAAAAUUCUUCGUUUGCUACUUUCUAUACUAUAUAUUUUUUUAAAAAAAUGUCGCUUGUAUAUAUCUCUAUGAUAUUAACAAUAACGAAUCUCUAUGCUAAAAAAACACUAAAAGAUAUUCCUGUAUGUAUUUCACACUCUGGUCUACUUAUCAGUGGGAAUCAAGAGUUCACAUUUUGACAUGACAUUUAGGUCUGCCGAGACAAAAUUUUGUUUAGAUACGGUAGUACACUGAUUGUAUUGUUAUGACUCUGCCAUGCGCACCGCGAUCCAGGCUAGUGCAGAGAUGCGCACUUCUAGUAACCAAACUAGAACAGGAUGUUGACAUUAGGAGACAAACGAUUUCCGCCCAAGGUGAGAGCCCAGAUAGAGAUGUUGUGAUCAAUACAGAUUGUUCUACAUGUAUUUGUGAUGUCCUGUCAAUAAAUAUAGAUGUGCCUCGUUGAGUUGCCACAAAUAAGUUAUUACAAUAUUGUACUUUUGAUACCAAAGAUACACAAUUUAUACCUUGUAACAUUUUUUGAAAUAUUUUUUCGUAUGUUUUUGUAAUCUCAAAACCAAAGUUUCGAAGGAACAUUUUAAUACAAACAAAAAAAAAGUUACAUUUGAAUAAAUCAAAAAAGUUCACAUCUGUGGAAUAAAAUUGUGAUAUUUAUUUGCUUGUAAUGAACAUUUCAUUUUAUUAUUUGCAAAUAUAUUUAAUAAGCAUUUUUUCCUAAAUAAUAAUUAAAUAUAUUUAUUGAGUAUUCUAAUAAAAUGAACAAUAAUUUUUUGUAAUCAAACUCAGCUUCUUAAAAAAAAUUUAUAAUUCCUCACAAUUAGCGUUUCAAUUUAGAAAUCUGCAGGAAGGUUGAAAUAUUUUUUUUAUUCUAGAUGUUGACCUAACAGCUGCAGAGAAAACAUUUUAUUGACAUUCCUUUAUUACAUGAAUGAUGUGACAAUAAAAUGAUGAUCUAAAUUACACACCUAUGCGUACAUUACUUAUCAGAUGUAUUAUCUUCAAAAUCUCAAUCUUCCAUUAUUAUCUUAUAUUUAAACUCAUACAACAAAGACACAAAUUUUAAGCAAACAAUCUGUUAUAAGCCUAACUUAAAUCUUAUCUUAUCUUCUUAUCUUAUAUGUUACAGACGUAACUUUAAAAAAGAAGAUGAUUACGUCCUACGCGUCAUGCAUUUAGUCAUGCAUAUUAACCAAUGACCUAAACUCCACCAAGUCACUGGUUUUCCUGGCCAGCUCAGGCAACCCGUUCAAUGUUCUAAUAGCCCUAGGGAAGAAGGAGCUUUUGUACAAAUUUGUCCUAGCAUAUGGAACGAGGAAUGUGCAUUUAUCUUUGUGCCUGUCUUAGUAUUUUAUUAAAUUUUCUUUUGUAUUUGAAGAUUAUGGUUGGGUAUUUUAUGUAUAAUUGCUACUUUACUUUUAAGUCUUCUAUCCUAAAGACUUUCUAAAUUUAGUGAUUUAACUACAGGUGUUACUCUAGUCAAAUGUGAAUAUUCGUUUGUUAUGAAUCUCACUGCUCUAUUUUGUGUCUGUUUCAGUUUCUUAAUGUGAGUUAAAGGGUCCCAAACAGAGGAUGCAUAUUCUAUUAUUGGCCUAACCAAGGUUAAAUAGCAUUUUAGUUAUAUGUUCUUAUUUAUAGUAAUUUCUUCUAAUAAACUCUAAUGCUUUGUUGGAUUUGUUGAUAGUUAGCUUGACAGUUUUAUAUAACAAAGUUUUAUUUAAAUUCUUCUAUUUAUUCAUUCUUAAAACAUUAGUAAAUCUUUUUUUUUAAUCAUAUGUAUAUUCUUUAAAAUAACAUUUACCUCUUUUUUUUUCUAAAAUAUAUAUUCCAGAAUAUUUGAUUUAUUUCUUAAAUAUCUAUAUUCUCUCCUAUAUAUUUUUUUCCAUUGCACUUUAUAAAGAAACAAAUGUAUCGUCUUGACAGGUUUCUCACAGUUUAAAAUUGUAUUAAUAUAAUUAUCUUAAAUUCUAAAUAUUUUGAUGUCUUAUAAUUAAUUGAUUUCUUAAAAUGACAUUUGAUUUGAAUUCUUGACAACUUUGACACAACUAAUGAAUUAUUAUGUUCAAAAUUAUUUUUAUGAAAUAAGUUUAUGUUUAAAGUGUUAAUGUAUAAAAUGAGUCUGUAGCAAAAAAUCAAAAAGUAAAAGAUAUUAAAUAUGUACAA